GGCUGUCUGCUUUACCUCUUACACCAUAGAGACGAGGAGCUGGAGUAGCUGGGCAGUUAUCAGAGGACGGUACCAUAGAGAGGCGGUUACGCAGGCUACCACUGGAGGAGAUCCGUCUGUGCGGCCUGGUGCCUGGCGGUUCAGGGCAGAGCUCGGGAGGUGAGGCCGGUUAUGGCGAGGCGGGUGGAGGCCUGUGCGCCCAGCAGAUAGUUAGGAGUAUGGACGCUGGAACAGCAGCUCCCGGGACACGGGCCUGGUGGAUCCCAUGUGUAAAACCCUCCCUCUGUCCAGGACAAGCCUCUCCUCGCCUCUCUCUCUACCAAUCUUCACUUGGCAAGUACCAACCAUCCCAUCACAUCACCAUGCCAGCUGCCGUGGUGGACAACAGUCAAGUGAUCUGUGAGGUUUGGGCAGUCAACUUGGAGGAGGAGAUGCGCAAGAUCAGAGAGCUAGUGCGCACCUAUGGAUACAUUGCAAUGGACACAGAGUUUCCUGGUGUGGUUGUGAGGCCGAUAGGGGAAUUUCGAAGCACCAUAGAUUAUCAGUACCAGCUCUUGCGCUGCAAUGUAGAUCUGCUAAAGAUUAUACAGCUUGGUCUCACCUUCAUGAAUGAAAAGGGGGAAUACCCACCUGGGACCAACACCUGGCAAUUUAACUUCAAGUUUAAUCUCACGGAGGAUAUGUAUUCUCAAGACUCCAUUGAUCUGUUGGCAAAUUCCGGCCUUCAGUUCCAGAAGCACGAAGAGGAAGGUAUCGACACGCUGACAUUUGCAGAGUUACUUAUGACCUCUGGGGUGGUUCUAUGUGAUAAUGUGAAGUGGCUCUCAUUCCACAGUGGCUAUGACUUUGGAUAUAUGGUGAAGCUUCUAACAGACUCUAGACUUCCAGAGGAGGAACACGAGUUCUUCCACAUAUUGAAUCUUUUCUUCCCGUCCAUAUAUGACGUAAAAUAUUUAAUGAAGAGCUGCAAAAAUCUGAAGGGAGGUCUGCAAGAAGUAGCUGAUCAGCUAGAUCUUCAGAGGAUUGGUCGACAGCAUCAAGCAGGUUCUGACUCACUACUAACCGGCAUGGCGUUCUUCCGUAUGAAAGAGCUGUUUUUUGAGGACCAUAUUGACGAUGCGAAGUACUGCGGACGCCUAUACGGGCUGGGAACAGGAGUGGCGCCCAAGUCAAGCGACGAGGCAGAGGAGAAAAUAAGCAUUAUGUCUCUUAUCAGCAACGGACAGCAAUGAGAUGCCAUUCGCUUUUGUCACCUGACAACGUGACCGUGCUCAAUCAUCUUCCUAUAUUCUCAGUGUCUCACAGAGAUCCGCUCAUUUCGGCCACAUAACUUCCAGAGCCGGCUGUAGAAUAAACCGCUGUCAAAAUGACUGUGUAUACAGAAAUUGUGCCAGAUAAGGUCACAAUUUCAUUGUUUUAAAACUUUUACUCAAGAUGUCUGCAUCUUACAAAAUGAAAAAUUGAAAACAUAGUCAUCCUCAGAAAUGACCACUUCCCUAUGAAUUCUAGGGCCUGUGGUUAAUAGGACACCUUAACCCUUUGCUCAUUCUUGUGCAAUUACAGACAAUCCCUUUGCUUUCAGUGUGGGCUAUUUAACUGCAGCAUCGUGAGAAUUGCUUUGACCAGGCCAUUAUUUGUCCUCAUUGCUUCCACUCCUGCAAAGCUUUAAGCACCUUUUUAAAGAGGUUCUCCGCUAUCGAUUUCUCUGGCCUGGCAGCUGGUGGUAGCCAUUGGCACUUGCCUCAGUUUAUUGUGUAUUCUAAGUUUCCUUGCCUGUUUUGGGUGUAUCUGUUGUUGUUGAUGAUCCAGUGGAGACCCGAUUGUUUCUGAACAGCUAGCAGGAGAAGCAUGUUUCAUGUUUUGUUGGUCCAUCUCCCCUCUAAUCAUACCAUUAGAAUAUCAAGAUCUUCUGUCCAUGAGACUCUGGGGAGAUGUGAUGUUUUCCUUACAUUCUUUACCUCAAAAUAUUUUGCCAUUGGUGUAAGUGAUAUCAAGGUUUAUUUGUAUUAACUUGAAGACUAGCAUGCAAAUUUGAUACGCCAAGGAGUUUCAUUUAGUUUCUUAAGUAGUUGCUGUCAAUUAAAAAAAAACAAAAAAAAACUUGUCACACAGAUGUCAAAGGUUUUGAUUCUUCACAGUCUUGGUGUUCAGAUGCCGACCAAUUGCUUGAUGGAGCUAGAAGUGCUAUCCUGAGCACUUCACUCCCUGCUUGCUGCUCUCUCUGUUUCUUUGCAUAAGACAGGCUAUAAAGUAAGACUUAUGCAGCAGUGAGCCAAGGAGUGAGGUGAUGAGCUAUUAAGCGCUAGCUGGCAUCUAGCGAUCAGUGGGGGCCUGACUGUUAAGGCCUCAUGCGAUUUUUAAACCUUUAACAUGUCUGCGUGACAUGUUUUUUUUAAAGUGACAGUAAUGCUUUAAAUUGAAACUCCACCUUUGCAACCAAUUUCUUUGUAUUGUACCAAUGCACCCAUAGAAAAAAAUUAAGUCACUUUGCAAACAAGCUUAUUUAAACAUUGCCUACAGCCCUAUGAUCUACAGUAUUACUGUGUAGUCUGAUUCUGCAAUCAUAUUGCCAUUCAACAUUUUGCUAACCUAGCAAAUGUAUGACCUAGGGGACAGAUGUCAGCAUGACUGCAGGAGGACACUGCAUGGUAUGUUGUCUCUUACCUUGGAGACACAGGAAUCUGCGAAGUAGCUGUAGACACAAAACAGAUGUUUUUAAAUUAAAGGGAUUUUACAUAAUUAGAAGAAAAAUAGCUUUUUUUUUUUUCUUUUUGGCCACUGUCUGCAGGUUGUUCAUGGUAUGGCAAUUUUACCACAGUCACUUCUGGGUCGCAAUAUCAUGCACAACCUAUGGAUGGGUAUGGUUCUGUUUUAGGAAGAAGGCAACCAUUUUUUCUACUCCUUGCAAACCCUUUUAAGACUAUUGGCAAAGUCUCUUCAUUUUUCUUUAAAGGUGGGUUGACAAUAGCCGUAUUUUUACAGCCCUAAUAAUGCGUCAAGCCUUUGCUUUACUGUGGUUCUGAUUAUCUGAACUUACAGCUGUAUUAGAUUAACCUAGUUUGAACCUGGCUUAAGAUAUAUAUUCGAACAAUACAAAAAAAUUGCUGCAAAGGGGAACUCUCCCUUUAAGAUCUUGCAAUGCUGCCCUUUAAAGUAAAGCUGUCCAAAAUUGGGUAGAGUGCUUAAACCAGUGUGAUUGCUUAUGUUUGCCAUGCUUUUUGGGAUCACUUGUACACAGGGCAUUUUAUGUGUCGGAGCUGUCAGUUGUUAGUUAUCUGGGAUUAAUUUUCCUUUUUUUUUUUUUUUUUUUUUUUUACGAAAAUGAAAUCUGAGCUGACAGAAUGGCCACCUCUGUUAUGUGGUUACAUUGUGUAAAACACCAAGUAAACAAUGUCCAAUAAAAAUAUUCUGGCUUAUGACAUGAAGUGUAAAUAACAUUCUCCUCAAGAGAAAAAAAAAAGUUAAGGCAUAAAAUUGUAAGUAUCCAAUGCCGGAAUAAAUGUUUUAUUUUUUAUUGAUCCCUGAUUUCCAACGCUUGUUGCUUUGACCUCCUUCUGCCAUUUUAUGCCAUUAGACAAAAAGAAAAAAGGAAUUCAGUCCUUUUUAAUGUGGGAUGUAUCCUUUAUUUUUUAUGUAUGUGUAUGGAGUCUUCUGACUUGAGAAAAAGCACUGCCCUGUUCCUUAUGUCCCUGUAAGAUAUAAAAUGUGUAAAAAGUAACUGAAGGCAUUGGGGGUAAAAAACAAACAAAAAAAACGCAAUGUUUCCUGUAAGUCUUGCAGUUUUACCCCAGCAGGUUUUGUAAUGUCUCCAUUGUUGUAAGCUGGAGUUUAAGAAGCGUGUAAAUAUUAUUUAUGGUUUUAAAUUUGUAAAAUAAAGAUGUUUCAUUUUGA